AUGAGGCUUCACUGGCUUCCAAGACCCUCUUCCUUUGCUCCUCCCUAUUAUCGGAGCCAAGUCUAUGCUUCCUGGAAAACACGUCGCUGCUAUUCCGAUGAACAGGGAGGGAAGUCUUUGACGCUUGCUCGUCGACGCAUUACAGAAGGUCAGAUAUCAUUCACUCUUCAGCGCGCUGAAAAGGUGAAAGCUGUGAUUGAGAAGAAAAGCAAGAAAAGCAAAGAAAGGUCCUCAAAGACGCCGCACAAUGUGCAAGACCAAACUCGCAAACAGAAGACAGAACAGGCGCUUUGGUUCUCACACCCCUCGAGUCCUGGCUCACCCAUUUUUACACCUGGUGGGACUUACGUCAUUCAAAAGCUACAGGCCUUCCUUAGGGCUCAGUAUGCAGAAUACGGUUUCCAGGAAGUCAUCACACCGCUGAUGUACAAGCGAUCCCUGUGGGAACAGUCUGGACACUGGGAAAAUUACAAGGAUGACAUGUACAGCGUUCAUAGUGGCAAACAAUCAUCUGACAAAAGCGGAGAUAAUACUUUUGGUCUCAAGCCUAUGAACUGUCCAGGUCAUUGCGUACUCUUUUCAAAACAACGUUGGAGUUAUAAUGAUUUGCCAGUCCGCUAUGCCGACUUCAGCCCCCUGCAUAGGGACGAAGUCUCAGGAGCUCUCAGUGGGUUGACCAGAGUUCGCCGCUUUCAUCAAGAUGACGGACACAUCUUUUGCAGACCGUCACAGAUAGAAAAUGAGAUCGCUAGUUGUUUAAGCUUUACAGAUACAGUGUAUCGAACGCUUGGAAUCGAGGACUAUGAACUUGUAUUGAGCACCAGGCCAGAUAAAGAUUUCAUCGGCACACGAGAAGAAUGGACUCAAGCUGAGAGACAGCUGAAAGACGCUCUUGACCGCUUUGGUAGACCGUGGAGGUACCAGAGAGGCGAGGGCGCUUUCUACGGUCCAAAAAUAGAUUUUAUUGUCCUGGACUCCGUAGGCAAGAGUCACCAGAUUGGGACCACACAGCUUGACUUCCAAUUGCCCAAGCGUUUCGGCCUAAAGUACGCAGCACCCGCAAAGGUAGAAGGCAGUAGCGGGACCAUGGCAGAGGAUGGGAUAUCUUUCGAACCGGUCAUGAUUCAUCGCGCCAUCUUUGGCUCAUUAGAGCGCUUCUUGGCCCUCUUCAUCGAUAAACAUGACGGGCAAUGGCCAUUCUGGCUUAACCCCAACCCCGUCGCCGUCCUAACUGUGACUGACGAUCAAGGCGUUCGUGAGAUGGCUACUCGCGUUGCGCAGAACCUUAGGUAUCCCAUGAGCAAACGCCCUGAUAGCGAGCUUGGAGAUCCUUUCACCUUUGGACUUCCACUACCAUUAUCGGAGGCUGCGACAUUCACUCCGGUUCAUCUCAAUACUAGCGAUGAAACGCUGGGCAAGAAACUUGUCUUGACCAAGGACAAAGGAACUGGUCUCAUUGUGAUUAUUGGGCAGAGGAAUGUGAAAGACAACACAGUAGACGUCCAAGUCUCGGCGGUGUUGGAGCCAAAGAAAGUUUGGAGUGCUAUUGAAGAGAUUAAACCAGGCUCGCAGGCUCCUAUCAAGAAAGAUACAGGUACGGGCAAAGCCCGCGGCCAGCCCGGCGUGAAACUUUCCGUAGUUGAAUUUCAAAAGCUUUCGAAGAAUCUAGCAGAUGCUUACAUAUAG